UCUCAUUAUUCUCUUUCUCAAGCAGUCUUGUCAUGGAUCUAGUGCUACGUCUAGAAUAUCUUCUUGUUGAUAAGCUUUCAUCUUCUUCAUCCACUUCAUGCUUCACCACAGGUUGUACCUGAUUCCAAUCAUGGUUCGAAUUCGAAUUUGAUGAUGAGGUUUGAAGUUUUGACUUUCGAGGUGGGAUAUCUGAUUCCAAUUCUUCAGACCUUCUCAUUAAUUCACGAUACAAUUUAAUAUCUUGGUCAAGAGUAUCAUUCUUCGCCUUCCUCUUGAUACUCCUACUUCCUUUCCCCGUUGUCUUUGUCAUUAUAAUACCAUAACAACAAGAAGAAGAAGAAGAAUGUUAAAAUGAAAAAUUUCAAUAUUUUCACGUGAUGAGAUGCACUCAUAAUUUUUUUUCAUCGAUGAGAUAUUUAUAUUAAACUUAACCGGUUAGUUAUUAAAAUCCCAGAAGGUAUUAGGAAAAGAUUCAAUUACAGGAUAGAUCAUGUUGUACUUAAUUGGAUUGGGGUUAUCUCAUGAAUCAGAUAUCACUGUUCGUGGUCUUGAAGUCGUCAAAAGAUGUAAACGUGUCUAUUUAGAAGCCUAUACUUCUAUAUUAAUGACUGCUGAUCAACUGUCAUUAGAGAAAUUUUAUGGUAGAGAAGUUAUAUUAGCUGAUCGUGAAUUAGUUGAAGGGGGAAGUGAUGAAAUCUUAGCUGGAGCUGAAAUCGAUAAUGAAGGUGAAAAUGAUGUGGCAUUUUUAGUGGUUGGUGAUCCAUUUGGAGCUACUACUCAUACUGAUUUAGUUAUUAGAGCUCGAGAAUUAGGGAUUAAAGUUGAAACUAUUCAUAAUGCUAGUGUUAUGAAUGCUGUUGGUGCAUGUGGAUUACAAUUAUAUCAAUUUGGUCAAACUAUUUCUUUGGUAUUUUUCACUGAUAGUUGGAAACCUGAUUCGUUUUAUAAUAAAAUUAUGGAAAAUAGAAAAAUUGGGUUACAUACUUUAAUCUUAUUAGAUAUUAAAGUUAAAGAACAGAGCAUUGAAAAUAUGGCAAGAGGGAGAUUAAUUUAUGAACCUCCAAGAUAUAUGGAUAUCUCUACUGCUUGUUCUCAAUUAAUUGAAAUUGAAGAAUCAAGACAAGAACAAGCAUAUACUGAAAAUACUCCUGUAGUGGCUGUAUCAAGAUUAGGUUCUCCAACUCAAACUUUUAAAGCAGGUACCUUAAAGGAAUUAGUUGAUUAUGAUAGUGGUGAACCUUUACAUACUUUGGUUAUGUUAGGUAGACAAGUUCAUGAUUUAGAAUUAGAAUAUCUUUAUCAAUUUGUUGAAAACAAACAAAACUUCAAACUUAUGGUUGAACAAGAUCAAGAAUUCUUUAAGCCUCCACCAUAUGUUCCUCCAGUUGAAGAACUUGAUGAUUAAAUAGAAAAAGAACCCCAUGUAGUAUAGAUAUAAUAAUAU